AAUCACGUGACGUCCCGACACCCCUGUGACGGAAUCAAUAUAAAUAGUUCCUGGAUUUCCCGACAGGGAAACAUCGACCGAGGCGGACACACCCGAGAAAACCCGAACAAGUACGAACUGUCUGGGUACAGAGACGAUUGUGAAGGUGUGAAGACAUUUAUCUGUAUAUUCACGCAAAAUAAGGGAUACGGGGUUAAUUUCGAGUCAGUGCGAACAUAAAAGUUUUAAGUUUUGUGGAAAUAACUAAUUUUCCCAGUGCAAAACCCCCCUCGGGUCACCUUUUUUCGUUCCUAAGUGGUUUGGAUAUUACCUUUCAAAUGAGGAAAAUAUGCAAUUUUCACUGGAAAACAAUGUGAUGAGUAGGAAAAGAUGUAUUCUUGAAGUAGAUGUAGAAUAUGCUGAAAAUAAAAGUAUUAAAAAAGAAAAAGAAGGGGAAAAAGGGAAAGCAUAAGGAGGACGAACUAUUUAAUCCAGAAGAACUAGAACAGUAUAGAAGGGAACAUCAGCAAAAACAAGAGGUCGGAGAACCAUCAGACGCUGGGGAAGGAUCAUCCUCUGAAAAAAGCGAAGAGUGGAGAAAGUUUCAAGCACUUACAGCUGGUGUAGAUGACGUCCUCAAGAAGACUCAAGGAGACUUAGAUAGAAUCAAAUCUUCGAGUUUCUUUCAAAGAAAACCUCCCGGGCCAUCAAACGCAGGCAGCAGUGACGCACAGUCAAGAUCCGAAGGGAAUUCUAAAAAGUGGGACAAUUUUCAGGGUUCUGCACCUGGAGUAGAAGAAAGAGAGGAUCAUAAAGGGGAGGAGUUACAGGAACAAAAGGAGGAACCCCUAGCCCUAGAAGAAGAGGAGGAAGAGGAAAGUGAAGAUGAAGAUAUAUUUGAUACAUCAUAUGUCGAUGUCGUAGCAAGUGGAGACGUAAAGUUAGCUUAUAUUCCGGACAGUCCAACAGAAGAAGACACAGGACCUGACCCCUUCGAUACAUCAAUAGUCGACCAGGUCAUAAAGGUCGACCCGAAGAAGAAACACCUUGUGAGCUUAGGGUGUGCAGUAGAAGUAUUAACUGGAAGAGUAGACAAACCAAUCCCGGUGCCAGAGGCCCUCCCUAAGAAGAGGAAACGGCCGAAGAAACAAGACCUUUUACUGGGAAGUUUUGAUGAGGUAGAUCCUUCAGCAGAGUCAGAGCCGGUAGUCAAUGAACCUCCUCCAAAAUCAAUUCUCGAUGAGGAGCCAGAAUUUGUUCCUGAAGAAAUCGACUUAUCGAUAAACUUAGCGACUGUAUUAGCACCACCGAGUCCACUCGUCGAAAGAAAAAACUCAGUUAGUGCCAGCAGUAACGAACACACAACAAAAUCCGUCGUAGAGGAGUUUGAUACUGUCCAUCAUAACAACCAAACUCUAAGUCCUGAAGUAGAUGACUUGGAUGACGAGUUUGCCGCAUUAGCUCAAGAAUCGGUUCAUAAGAAGGUUGAUCAACCAACUGGUGGUGAAAUCUGUGAUGACAUUGAAGAUGGAGCAGAUCCUUUCGAUACAACAUUUGCAGCCAAUGUUCUGCCAGGAAAGUUUGAACUAAAGCUAAUUGAAGAGGAGAUUUUACUUACAGAGCACGAACAGCUCAAACCGACUCUACACAAAGUAUUGCAAGAAAUACCAAGUGUUAGGUUGAACGAUUCUUCAAACGAACACAACUUCCUUGAGGAAGAUCAAAGGCCACUCAGUUUCAAGCAUCGGGACUUACUUGGAGGAAGCACAACUGAUCUUUCUAAUAUCGGAGACUGCCCGAUAGAACCAACAGCCCAAAAAGAAGGAAGUGACGAUCUAAAAUAUUCAGAUCCCUUCGAUACAUCAGUUGUUGAAGAAUUGGUAGCUCCGGGUAAAACAGAGCUAAAGUUUUUAGAAAAGGAACUCUUGGAUGGUGUAAUAUCUCGUAUUGACGACGACGCGGAUUUUGAUCCAAGAGCUGAAUCACCCCCAAAGUUUACAAGGCCUCCCCGGCCAGAUCAACUACCUGUUGGAGAAAAGAGAUUCUCCAUACCUAAAGUGGUAGCUUUUAACAUCGAUACACUUCAGCCAGAAACUGACUUACUUGCAGUCGACCAAGAGGAAAACUCAAAAGUUGGCAAACCUUUAACGCCUUACUACGCUAAUUCUGAAGAGGUAAACAACAGACCAAGCUGUGAGAGUGAAAAUAAUUACGUUGAUCCAUUUGAUACUUCUUUCGUAACUCACGCACCUGGCAAAGCUGAACUAAAAUUAAUUGAGAGUGAGCUAAAGAGUGUAGUUGAAACUAGUUUGAAACGUUCUCUUUCGGAUCCUGAAUUUGAUCCAAGGCAGGAUACUGACACAAAGAAUAUCCCGAUUGUCGUCAACACUAACUCAGUAAACCCUCCUCCCCGACCACCAACGCAUUUGCCUUUGAAAACUACUGUUCAGUCACCAGAAAAGUUACAACCCGACAUAUUGUGCGAGGAAACAGUGAUCACUUGCAAACUUCACACACCUGUUGUGCCUAAGAAGAUUGAAGACGACCUAGAAAAUAUCAUCUAUACAGAUCCAUUUGAUACAUCUAUUGUAAAUAACGUACUACCAGGGAAAGCAGAGUUAAAGCUGUUAGAAAGUGAGUUAAUAACCGCAGACGCUGGGACGUCGAUAAAGAGAAGUUACACAGACCCUGAUUUCAAUCCAAGAGAUUCACCUCAGAAGGAAGGACAGUCUCAAAGUGAACACAAAAACUUUAUCGACCACACUGAAGACGUCUCCAUUGCUGAGAAACCACUCACGCCACAAUCCGCGAGUAGCAAAAUAUCCUUUGAACUAGGAGCGGACGUAGAUCCAUUCGAUACGUCUUGUGUUGAAAACCUCCUCCCGGGAAAGGCAGAGCUAAAGCUCUUAGAGUCCGAAUUAAUUAAUUAA